AUGGGAGAAAGAAAGUAUCUUGGUCCAGAUCUUGUCAGAAGGACAACUGAAGCAGUAGAGAAAAUAAGAAAAAGAAUGUCAACUGCUCAGAGUAAACAAAAGAGUUAUGCUGAUCGAAAGCGAAGGGAUGUGGAGUUCAACAUUGGGGACAAGGUAUUUCUGAAAAUUGCCCCUAUGAAAGGAGCAAUGAGGUUUCGAAAGAAAGGGAAGUUAAGCCCAAGAUUUAUUGGACCUUUUGAAGUAUUAGAAAAGGUGGGAAAGCCAAUAGAAGUUGAACAAGACCUAACAUAUGCAGAAAAACCAGUGAAAAUUCUUGACAGAAAAGAGAAAGAGUUGAGAAAUAAGAAGAUUUCACUGGUUAAGGUCUUGUGGAGAAGUUCAAAUAUUGAGGAAAUGACAUGGGAACGGGAAGAUGAAAUGAGGUCUAAAUACCCAGAGUUAUUUGGGUAA